AUGAAGAUUAUUAAUAGCCUUUUGGCAUGGAGUAUUUUACUCUUAACGGUGUUAUCGCAAGUUGUAGAUACUGAAGAUGCCGAAAGAAUAAUAUCGGAAUCGGGUCAUACUAAUAAUUGGGCAGUUUUAGUUUCGACAUCAAGAUUUUGGUUCAAUUAUAGACACAUUGCCAAUGUGCUCAGUCUUUACAGAACAGUCAAAAGAAUGGGUAUACCUGAUUCCCAAAUUAUAUUGAUGUUACCAGAUGAUAUUGCUUGUAAUCCUAGAAACGCUGCUCCAGGUACAGUUUUCAAUAAUAUGAAUCAAGCCAUCGAUUUGUACGGAGAUCUGAUUGAGGUAGAUUAUAGAGGGUAUGAAGUGACAGUGGAGAAUUUUAUAAGAUUAUUGACUGAUAGGUGGGAUGAAGAUCAUCCAAGAAGUAAAAGAUUAUUAACAGAUGAGAAUUCCAACAUCUUCAUAUAUAUGACAGGUCAUGGAGGAAAUGAAUUUUUGAAAUUUCAAGAUGCUGAAGAAAUAGGGUCUUAUGAUAUUGCUGAUGCUUUUGCUCAAAUGCAUGAAAUGAAACGUUAUAAUGAAAUCUUUUUCAUGAUAGAUACUUGCCAAGCUAAUACCAUGUAUCAAAGAUUUUAUUCUCCAAACAUUUUGGCGGUUGGAUCAUCAGAACUUGAUCAAUCAUCAUAUUCUCAUCAUUCAGAUUUAGAGAUUGGAGUAGCUGUCAUUGAUAGAUUCACCUAUUACACAUUGGAUUUCUUGGAAAAUGUAGAACCUAAUUCAACCACCACCAUCGAUAAAUUAUUCGAAGUUUACACUUUCGAUAAUAUCCACUCUACUCCAGGUUUUAGAACUGAUUUAUUCCAAAGGGAUAUUUCAACCGUCAAAUUAACAGAUUUUUUCGGUAACAUUCAAAAUUUGAUUGUUGAUGAAAUCGAAGACGAUAUUCUUUACGUUGCCAAUCAUGAUGAGAGUGGAAGACUCUUAGAACAGGUCGAAAACAAGACCAAUAAUGUUGCGAAAGUCUCCAAGAUUGAUUUUGAAAGUUAUACCAAAGAAAAUCAAGUCAAUUUGGUCAAAUUGAGUCCUGAACAAACCAAACUUAUUGGUUUCAUAUCAUUUAUAGCAAUCACUGGGUUAUGGAUCGUAGCAAAAUAA